UCCGCGGCCCGCGCCACUUCCCGUCUCCCUCUCCGCGCGAGAGUCCGAAGCGUCGCGACGCCUCUGCCAGCCACGCGCCCCGGCCGCUCUCCUACCAGCAGCGCCCCAGCCGCCACCGCAGCCCCCGCCAUGUCCAGCAAGCAGCAAGCUUACCGCGCCCUGGAGUACGGCCGGCGGCCCGCCCAAGCCGAGGAGGCCCGGCGCUUCGCAGCCGAAACCCGUGCUGCACCCUUCAGAGCCAUGGAGCGAAGCGGCGACCGCGGAGGGGGUCGAGACAACGCUUGCUUCGAGAUGUCGAUAAGUCCACCUCGAGCAGCGUCCGUCUGGAGCUCCGCCCCCCGCUACGACACCCCGCCGCGAAGACCCGCCCCGCUUGUGAUCACCUACAACUGGCACGAGAACGUGUGCUUCGACGGCCCUCUCAGCCCCGACUCCGACGGCCCCGCCAGCCCCACGCUGUGGACGGCGCCCGACACCGUGGAGCACAGCCCCUGGGGCGACACCGACCGCGCGCCCGCCGCCGCCCCCGCGCCCACCCACGCCGCCGGCCGCGCCGGCGCCUCUGCCCCCGCAUCCGCCACUCCCGCGUCACCCGCGCGCCGCGAGCCGCCCCUCGGCGCCUCCGCCUACAAC